AAGUCUGUUUCAGAACUGAGGACAAACAUGUUGUUGUAUUGAAGUGUUGUUUUUAUGAAUGCAGAAGAUCAUCUCCAGAUUAUUUAUUGAAAGGAACUGCUAACGUAAUGUUUAUUUUUGCAUUACUUUGUGAUGGACAAGCUUGACCUCCCUACUACAGCCGCAAUCCCUGACACCAUCCUGCAAUGUCCCAGCACUGCUCUUACAAAUAGUAUCUAUUCUGCAUGCAUUAAGGUAUUUCAGGGAAAGAAACUACAGUCGAAUGAGCUGUACACUAUAAAUGAAAAUAUCAGAUGGCUUCUAAGGACAAAUAUGGGUUCAUUUAUCAAGGAAUAUUUCCAGAAUCAGAUUUUGACCAAAGGUCUAUCCGUCAUUUUGGAAGAGAUUCAAAAGCAUGAAGGUCAGGCACAAUUUCUGGUGUAUUUAUUUAUGUGCAUCAAUGUCCAUCAUAAAACACCUCAUAAAAUAUUUUUUCCUUUAGGGGAGAAACAGCUCCUUGUUUUGGCACAGGUGUGGGACAGAUUUUUCUGUGAAAUUCUACCUACCACACAGGCAAUUUUAUAUCCUUUGCAGGGUCAAGAGUUGACAGUCAGACAGAUGGCUCUCCUAAGCUUUAGGGAUCUGGUACUAAUAAAGCUGUCUUUGGGUGACCUGCUGCGCAAGAACAUGCCUCUCAUCCCCGCAUCCAUCACACAGAUGCUACUUGUGCUACAGGGAAUCCAGGACCCCCGAGGCCCCUCGAAGAAUUAUUGCAAACUUGAGAGUAUGGUGGCAAUGGUGAUCACACCCUAUUUAUGUAACUGCAGGCAUACAAGCUGCACUGAUCGAAGCCACAUGACAGCACCGCUCAGCCAACCCGAGAUAAGGAUUACUCAUUACAUCUCCGAAAGCUCUUUGCUAUCACCUGUUGUGGAACAGGAAGGAGACGUGUACCAAGAACGAGUGGGAAACAAACGACGUCACAGUGUGACAAACGCCCAUUCUGACAUCCAGCUGCUUUCUGUUAAUAGCAGGGUGUAUUCUGGGAUGGGUGACAGCUGUGAGACCAUAGAUGGGACUAGGGCACAUCUCUGACGCAACUUGAAUAUCAGUCACAUGUUCUGAGAAUUCCGGAUUGUUUUGUCACAGUAAACAGAAAGAGGAUCAAAUUAAUUUUUAAACAUUUAUAAUAUCAACACAUUUAUGAGCACUGCAUUGUGGAUGAUACAAAGAAAAAUACGAUUGUCGUUUUCCAGUGUCAACACGUGUCAGACAAACUAGCAUGAUUAAAAAGACACUUAUAUUUGUAGAAGUCAAAAUUGUUAAAUGCAUGUAGACCACUUACACGCAAGCUUUGUCAGGCACAAUUUCAAAAUCACCUAAAUAAGACUUAAAGGUGCAGUGUGUAAUUUUUAAAAGGAUCUCUUGACAGAAAUGCAAAAUAAUAUUCAAAACUAUAUUAAUAUAAACAUAAGCCCUUAAAGGAACAGUAUGUAGGAUUGUGGCCAAAACUGGUACUGCAAUCACAAAACUUGUGUCUAAAAC